UCAUGUGACAGGCAUAGAUCAAUCAAAACGGGAUGUGUCAUAAGAGUGCUUCCUGAUACCUCAUGAGUAUUAAUAAACGCUUUCAUUCGGCUUGAUCGUGACGUUUUUGGAAAAGUCAGCUGGUUUUCCAAACAGGAAAUAAAACCAUUCACGUUAGCUGUUGUGUAACUUCAGUCAUUCAAUGAUAUAACAAUGGAUGACGAGAUUGAAGCGGAACUUUCAGAAGGUUAUAUUAAGGGUUACUGCGGAUCCUCUCAUUGUGACCUCACCCGCGCUCUUCCGCCCCUCAGCGCUCCGAGUCGGUUGUCGAGCUGGGUCCCGUCUUGGUGCCCGACAUCCAUGUCGCUGCUGAAGAACACAGAGGCCAAGAUCCUCGCCUGUAUUCGCAAUGAUCUGGUAUCUCGUUUCGUGUCUCUACCAAGCCAAGACAAAAUCUGGACAUUGACCCUCAACCCCAACCAGAACCAAGCAGCUUCCUCCAAGACCAGUAUCAGUGCCACUCAUACCAGUAUUCACAGUAUGGGGCGGACUCCUCUGGUGCUGGUUCAUGGUUUUGGGGGUGGGGUGGGGCUCUGGGUGCAUAAUCUGGACACUCUGUCCCAGAGGAGGACGGUCCACGCUUUUGACCUGCUUGGUUUCGGGAGAAGCUCGCGCCCUGCCUUCAGUAAUGAUCCAGGGCAAGCGGAGGAGCAAUCGGUGCACGCCAUUGAGGAGUGGAGGCGGGCCAUGGGGCUGGACAGUGUGAUCCUAUUGGGCCACAGCCUGGGCGGGUACCUUGCUGCUUCUUAUGCUUUGGCACACCCGCAGCGGGUGCGUCACCUGAUCCUUGUGGACCCCUGGGGGUUCCCUGAGCACCCCUCCACUCGGCCCCAGACAGGAGAGCCCUCAGGGGGGGAGGUGAAGCCCAGCGGACCCCCUCGCUGGGUCAAAGGCGUGGCCAGCGUCCUGAUGCACUUCAACCCACUGGCUGUGAUCCGAGCAGCAGGACCCUGGGGACCUGGUUUAGUACAAAGGUUUCGUCCUGAUUUCAAGAGAAAGUUUGAAGACCUCUUUGAAGACAACACCAUGACUGAUUACAUCUACCACUGCAACGCACAGACACCCAGUGGUGAGAUUGCAUUCAGAGCUAUGUCUGAGUCUUUCGGCUGGGCAAAGCGCCCCAUGCUCCCCCGAAUGCCCCUCCUGUCCCAGGACACUCCCAUGACUGUCCUGUAUGGGGCGCAGUCCUGGGUCGAUAGCAGCACAGGGGAGAGGAUCAAGACCCUGAGGCCAGGAUCCUACGUGAAGAACAUUAUUAUAGAGGGCGCCUCCCAUCACGUCUACGCCGACCAGCCGGACGAAUUCAACAGAGUCGUCCAAGAAAUCUGUGACUCCAUCGAUUGAGCACAGUGCAGGGGGGCAGCAUAGCCACAUACCCUUAUAAAAUAUAACAUAGCAAAGUGUAAUAGGCAUACACAUAGGUAAGCACAGAGAGGUAUGGUAAAGCAUAUUAAAAAAACAACCAUGGUAAACUAACCCUUAUAAAAGUGCCCACCACUAAAAGCACAGUACAGUGUAAUAACCACAGUGAAAGCAUGAUAAAGCAUAGGUAAGUAUUGUAAAGCACAAGAGGUAUGGCAAAGCAUAUUAACAAAACAUGACAAACCAUGAUCUGGUAAAUGCCUACUGUAACCAUGGAAAAACUGCAGAAUUAGCGAGGUAAACUUUUGUAAGAGUACACAGAUAUAUUUACACUGGGAAUCUCUGAUAGCCAUCUAAUACCUACAAGUUAAAGUGAUGUAGCUGGCAAAAGAAUUCCAUAGAUCUUACCUGUUGUGAAUUUCCGUUCGCUACACAGCUUCCACAUGUGCAAUGUUGAAAGAAAGACAAACUUUUUUUACAAACUUGUAUUUUCACGAGAUGCCUCUUUUUAGGUCAUCUUUUACACUUUCACUUCCUGGGUCACCUCAGCAGUGUCUUCUGGGUCAUGUUACUGGCUGAAAACACGUCAGUCAAAAGGGGAAGCAGCUGGUUAGUUAAGGGGUGGGGCCACUUUCACCAUCCAGGUGACCAAGGAAGUGAAACAUGACCUGAAAAAAACAUGACCUGAAAUUUCUUUAACCAAGUGUUAUACCAGGUAUCCCCAUUUCAAAUAAAAAUACAUGUUUACUAUUGCGUGUUCCUUUCAGAACAGCACACUUGGGACCUAUAUCAUGAAUAGGCACAACAGGCAUGGAUUAUUUUAUUAUUUUAUUGGCAACAAUUUUUUUAAAAUAAUAUAAUUCACCAUGUGGGUUUGUAUAAGGAGAGCUAUACACACCUUCAGAGUGGAGGAUGGAGUUUACCUUCCUAACUGGGACAGACAGACAGACAGAGUCUCAAUUGAAAUGUAUUUGGUCUCUGCUACUGAUGUAAAUGAACGAGUGAUUUCAAACCGCUUUCAAGUCAAUGACAGGAGGAAACGUGGUUCUGGACUAUUGUUUAACUAGAUAUAUACUGGCCACUUUAUUAGGACCUGUACCAAAUAUUGGUUUGGGGCAGCUGUUUACCUUGAUCAGAGCCUUGACCUGGACUCUACAAGGUGCUGGAAGGUGUCUCAAGAGAUCCAUUCAGUCUAUUUCAAUUGAUGUAGGGUAGGCAGUAAUGGCUAUUGUUCAAGUUGAUUCAAAACGUGCUCGAUUGGAAGAUGCCUGAAGUCUCUGUUGCGCUCCUCGAACCCUGCACAAUCCCGGCACGGCAGACGGGCGCUAUUGUCUUGAAAUUCGGGGUUUGGUGUUGUUGGGGUGUACGCAGUGAUGAUUAAACUAUUUGUUUGGCCUCCCAGAGUAAUCAAAGGACCAGAGAACAUGAAUUACAGCAGAGGGAUGCCAAACCCAGUCGGGAAGACAGACAGAAAGACCGCUCCUAAUAAAGUGGCACAAUUAAUAUAUCCGUGUUUGAUACUUAUUCCUGACUGGAGAUUUCAAUGUAAGAAUCAUAUAGCAAAAAUUGCUAAGGUGGCUUCUAUUCCUUCCAUUAAUUUAACUGGUCACCCUCACUGUGAGGUCACACUGCAAGUUAGGGACCGUGUCUAAAGUGCCAAUCUCAUUAAGAAAAAGCAUUAACACAAAAGAAAGUGCUAAGUAAGUGCUUUAUCAUGUCGAAGUAAUUAUCCGAAUUCAGCGGUUUAGUUUAAGUUUAAGCACCGUUGCCAUACAUUGUACUUAUUACAUAAAAUGAUCCAUUGUGUGCUGUUGUGUUCAUUUCAAUCAGGAGGAUAAACAACCAUGAAUGUUACCAGAUUUUCCUCUAUAUGAAGCGCUCUGCAUAGAACUGUUUUAUAUGUCACAAAUGUCAUAUCAAUGUCACUUGUAUAUCAUAUUUUGAAAAUGACAAUUGUUGACAAAAUAUCUUUAAGUUACAGACUUAAACAUGCACUAAAAGAAACUACAGAUUCAAUGAUGUUUCAACCAGAUGUCUUUCUCAAUGUGUGCUGUUCUGUCUCCCCACACCCCUCUGUUUGUUUUGAAAUGGACUGGCCUCAAUGUUCAGAUUGAUUGUGGGCCAGACUAUAUUGAACAGCCUGGAGGGGGUUCAUGUGAACGGUUAUUGUAAUAGAACUUGGUACGGGCAUUCCUGUGCACAAUGUAUUGAGAGUAUCAGAAUCAGAGGAUAUAUGAUUGUGUCUGUAUGUAUGUUAAGGACUUUCAAAUGUCAUUUUUAUUACUCAGCUGCUGUGAGCUUGAAGUAUUGAAGUUACAGUGCCACAGGAAAUGAUCUGCACACGGCAAGCAUUGAAUGACUAUGUUCUAUGAAGGGCAUUGUGUAUUACAUUUUUAACAUUCAAUUCUUUAGACACUUUGGAUGAGCAGUUCUCAAGCUAUAUAUAGCCUUUAUUUGCUCAGCCAAUCAUAGUUAAGAAUUAGUUAAAAAGCGGGUAUCUACUUUCUGAUACUCUGUGGGCACUACUGUAUACUAAUAUAGCCAUGGUAUGUAUUUUAUAAACAUUUUAAUAUUAAUACAAAAUAUAUGUGUCUUUUGAAAAA